CCGAGUCAGUCAACAUGCAGAUACCGAGCUAGGAACACGCGGUUUUCUCUCAGUGUUUUUCGCGCUCCAUGCCUGGUAAUUUGUGUGUUGGUUGAGGAGAAAGUACAUGUACUUUGAAAGGGAUCCCUCUUCAUGAGUUCCACGGGUUGAAACUGGCCGGAAAGUACUCAUUCGCCGAUUCAACGACAGCUUGGGGAAAAAAGGGAUCGUUCAUCAGAAUCUGGAACUGAUAAUUUUCAAUACCUGUACCUGUCAUGGAUGGUUUAUUAUGGUGAUUGUUGCAUACAUCUAUUCAUCUUAAUCCACUCCAUCUGUUUAUUCCGUGGAUUGCGGCUAUUCAUAGAAUCGAACAAUAUCGAUUGGGAAAAACAUCGUACGUCGGUUUCUUCUUUGUGUUUCUAGAUAGAUUUUCUGCAGUGAUGGAUAACACCACGAUAGAGACGCUGAUCAGUAUAAACAAUGAUGAUGAAGAAGGCGACUGCAACGCGUUUCUUAGCGGCAUCAAUCAAAGUGUACUGGAGGCGUAUUGCAGUAUGCGAGCAUACGAAAUGCUAGGGUCACCCCUGAACAUCUUCAUGUACAUCGUCGUCUUGACUGGCGUGGUAGGCAACGUGGCUCUUCUGACUGUCAUCCUCAAGAACAGGCCCCUGAGGACCACACCCAACAUGCUAGUCAUCAAUGUUACGUUGGGAGACCUGAUGUACCUUAUAGUGGUCGUGCCUACCAGACUCGAGUAUCAAGUGGCGUUCUGUUUCCCCGACAGUGAGCCGCUAUGCAAGUUUGCAAGCGCUUGGCAGGUACUGGCGCAGGGCGUGUGUAUCUUCUCGAUCAUGGCUGUCUCCUGCGAGCGUUACGGAGCUAUCACCCAGCAUCUAGGCCGCAGCUUGUUCAGAGGCUCUGCUAGGAAAACCGGCUUCUUGAUUGGGCUAGUCUGGCUGGCUUCUCUGGUCAUAGCUGUCCCAGUUUACGCAACGGCUUCCUUGCACGGAGGCUUCAUAUGCACGUACCUGCCACAUUUCACGCCAGUGGCCAAGGGCUACGUCACCGUGCUUUUGGUCUGUCAUUAUAUCGUGCCCUUGCUGGUCAUCACGAUUCUCUAUUCACGAAUGGCCCACACGCUGAUCCGAAGUGCGGAUAGUUUCCGAGGUGAGAAUCAGCCCGGAGCUAAGCAGUUCCGCGCCAGGAGACGGCUGGCCAUCAUCGUUCUCGUCAUCGCUGUUUUCUUUGGUGUCUUUUGGAUGCCCUGCUACAUCUACAACAUGUACUAUCAGUUCGCCGUAUCAUGCGACACUAUAAGUGACAAAGACCAUAUAUACGAAGAGCUGCGUUUCUUCGCCGCUUUGAUCAACUCAUGCUUCAACCCAUGGAUCGUGUUCAUCAUGAGCUCCACCCAUCAGAGAAUGCUGAUGCGAUGUAUCUGCUACCGGGAGCCAGGCUCUAGGACCACAGAGCGGCGUACCAACAUGACUACACUCCGCUCCAAUAGCUUCAUGAACAGUACCAAGACAAACUACACAGAAAUAACCUCAAGUAUGUGAAAUGCAAACCAGCAUCUGGUUGGGUUUGGGUUAGCACAGGCAAAUACUGAACCCACGGUCUAGAAUUGUUUCUGUCUUUCAUUUGGGGUCUCAAUUCGGUCUUUGCACGAAAUCGUUGGAACAAAAGCGAGGUUGUAAAACAAGGACCUAUUGGCGUCGUUAUCAUGUGAAGCUGAUAAGUUAUUACACAUUAAGAACCCAAACAGGUGACUCAAGCGUAUCUGUUGCCUCGCUUUUAACCCAACCAUGCAAGAAGCCUCCCAUGAUGCAUUUCAACACCCAUAAGCGUGAACAUUUACAAAUCUAUGCUUAAAACAAAUGAAUGUCCGUGCAUGUGUAUGAUAAAUUUGAAAUACGGGGAAAAAAUUAUAAGUUGAACAAACAUUCAGCAUGCACAGAUGAUAAUACGCGAGGUGGUUUUGUGCAUAAAUUUGCUGGGUUUUUGUUCUUCUCUCGUUUGUUGCGAUCGUUAGUGGUUCACCUUACUUAAAACUUAUCAACGUAACAUCAGUUCUUUAAUCUUGUAAUGGUUAAUGUACUAUAAAUAUUUAAUUGGUAAUAUAAAGAAUAGGCCUAACGGUGUAUACCGACACCCAUUUGUAGAAAUCGCCCGUUUUAAGCGCGAACUCUGGCACAGUAGAUGUUUAAAUUUCAAAUAUUCUUCUUCUUAUUAUUAUUAUUAUCAUUCAUUCGGCAUUAAAACACACACAUUAAUAUACAUCUUGGUACAAUACAAUUAUAACCGACAAAAGCCAGCGGCAAAUACCAGGAAUUGAAAAAAGCUAACUUAAUACAUGUGGCCAUAUAUUAAUUCCAAUACCAGUGGCUACAAAACAAAUAAAAUUAUACAAUACAUUUUAAAAGAAAUUACAUAGAAACAGAUUUAUUAAAAUGAAGUGUUCGGGGAUUGGGUAACUUUUUUGGCAAUCGUGUACGACAGACUGCUAAACCGAUCUAAGGGGGUCAUGUGCAAUUAGUUUUGUUAUGACCAGAGUAUUUUGCGGAGUAAUAGUUUGGUCAUUACACUUUUGGUUUAGAAGCUUAAACGUGAAUAACUAAAAACUCUUGAGCAAUUUGCUCGAUUUCUGUUUGCGCCAAACCAUGAGCAUAUUUCUCAUUUGAUAAUUGGCUCAAAACCGAGACGUGGCCAAGCGGAAAGACUGGGCGGUAUCGAGAUUGUCAAAAUGUACGGUAUUGCUGUUAUUUUGCGCAUCGGAAUCGUCGGAAUGCAUUAAAGUACUAUAGGCCUAACAGCAAGUGAUGUGGUAUGUAAUUUUACGGAAUACAAGAUGCUAGUAGUUAGCCUAAUUGUAGAGAAUUGAGAGACGCUAGUCUUUGGGAUGGCGGCUUGUCUAUUUUUACCGAUUACUUAACGCCUCAAACAUGACGAAAGACAUGCGACAUGUCCAGGCCGGGUGCAACAAGCCACUGGCAAAAUUUAUCACUCCCGGGCGUACUGUUCAUUUCAAAUUGAGACAUCGGCAUCCUCAAAUAAUUAUUCUUCCGAAGUAUCGUCUUUUUCAUAUGUACUAAUUUCCGA